AACGCGCAUGUACACUGGAAAACGGUAACACUGAAUUAAAAUGUCACGAAAACUGUUUAUUUAUAUUUAUUAGUAGAAUGUUUCAAAACUAAAUGACCACGUGUUUUGAUUUAAAAUAAAAAUUUUUAUUAAAAGCAAAGUUUUCUUAUAAUGCCUCAUCUCUAUGUUUUACAUGAACAUGCCGCGGGAUAUGCUUUAUUUAGCGUUGCAGAAUUCGAAGAAAUAUCAAUGUUUCUUCCGCAAGUAGAAUCUUCGGUAACAGAUUUUUCUAAAUUUCAUUCAUUGGUAAAAUUGGUUGGAUUUUCUCCUUUUAAAACUGCAGUUACGGCUCUUGAAAAUAUUAAUGCGAUAUCAGAAGGAGUUUUAUCACAGGACUUGGUUAUUUUUCUUGAUGGAAUAUUUGCUAACUUAAAAAAGAAGAAAUGCCAGUUAGGUGUUGCCGAUAAAAAACUAGCCUCCGCCAUCAAUGAAGCUAUAGGAGUUGAUUGCACACACAUUGGUGUAGUUCCUGAAAUUAUCAGGGGGAUACGUUUUCAUUUUCACCGUUUAAUUAAAGGUUUUACCGAUAAAACUGCUGGAAUCGCGCAACUUGGCUUGGGACACAGUUAUUCGAGAGCAAAAGUAAAGUUUAACGUACACCGUUCUGACAAUAUGAUUAUACAAUCAAUAGCACUUUUGGACCAAUUAGAUAAAGAUAUAAAUACAUUCGCCAUGCGAAUUAGAGAGUGGUAUUCGUAUCACUUUCCGGAAUUAGUUAAAAUUAUUCCAGAAAAUUAUAUGUUUGCAAAAGCUGCUCAAUUCAUUAAAGAUCGUAAAACUUUAACUAAUGACAAAUUGGAGGGGUUAGAAGAAAUUGUCAUGGACUCUGCAAAAGCUCAAGCGAUUAUUGAUGCUGCAAAAAUGUCAAUGGGGAUGGAUAUUUCAGUUGUUGAUCUUAUAAAUAUAGAAAUGUUUGCAGGUAGGGUUGUAAAUUUAUCAGAAUAUCGCAAGAAACUUGCUGAAUAUUUGCACAAUAAAAUGUACAAUGUCGCGCCGAAUUUGCAAGCAUUAAUUGGUGAUCAAGUUGGUGCAAGGUUAAUUUCACAUGCUGGUAGCUUAACCAAUUUAGCUAAAUAUCCAGCUUCAACUGUACAAAUUUUGGGGGCUGAAAAAGCACUAUUUCGAGCUUUAAAGACAAGGAGUAAUACUCCAAAGUAUGGGUUAUUAUAUCACUCUUCAUACAUUGGUAGAGCAGGGUUAAAAAAUAAGGGGCGAAUAUCAAGAUUUUUAGCAAACAAAUGCGCUAUAGCUUCAAGAAUUGAUUGUUUCUUAGACAAUCCAACCAAUACAUUUGGCAUGUCUUUAAAACAGCAAGUUGAAGAUAGAUUGAAAUUUUAUGAAACCGGUGAGACCCCGAGGAAAAAUAUAGAUGUCAUGAUUGAAGCAAUGGAUUUGGCAUCUGGUGAACAACAAAAUGGAGAAAUUAAAAAGAAAAAGAAGAAGAAAAAGCAAAAGAAUCUUGAUGAAUCUGCUAAUGGAACUUCAGCUGGAGACACUACUCUAAAUGAAACUAUUGAAGAAAAUGGCGAACCGAAAAAGAAAAAGAAGAAAAAAAACAAAAAGAACAUUGAAGAAUAAAAUUAAUCUUAUCUUGUAAGUCCAUGAAAUAUCAAAAUUUAAUCAUUUAAUGUCAAAUAAAUAUUCAAAUAAAAUUUGCGA